GAGUAUACUAAUAUCGAUAUCUGCUAAAGAGUGAGGAAUCUCAAUACGUUAAAAAAAUUAAUGGAUUCAAAUAAUACAAAUUUACCGAACAUGGAUUUAAAUAACUCUUAUCCAACAAGCAAUGGCAUCGACAUUGUAACACUGAACAAUCUCCGUGCCGAGUUCUUGUUGCCGAACACCGUGGUCUUGAGUGUGUAUUUGGUGGUCGGUGUUUUGGGAAACUUUCUGGUGUUUUACGUGUACAAGUUCUGCAUGAACAGACACCGUACGGACAGGUUCUUCAUUCCCUAUCUGGCUGUCUGCGAUGCCUUGUCCUGUAUCAUCGGAAGCGGAUUCGCAAUCUCUUUAAACAUGCGGCCCAUUCGCUUUUCGGGGGAUGCUCUGUGUAAGGGUAUAUGGUUCAUGACGAAGUGGUCGACAGUCGUGUCUGCUCUGAUGCUGUUGUUGAUUGCGGUGGAUCGGUACAAGAAAGUUUGCCGACCUUUUCAAAAUCAGAUGACACCUCUAGCCAAACAAGUUUCCAUGGUUACGAUUUUUGUAGUUUCCGCUGUAUUGACGUUUCCAACUGUAUUCUUUCAUGGAGAAAUCCAGUUUUCAGCUAGAGGUGCACCCCAUCUCAUAGGACAUAUGUGCGGCCGAAACAGCCUCUUUACUGGACUGGAAAACUAUUUCACGGUGUAUAACGCUGUUCUUGCUUCGUUUGCUUUCAUAGGGAUCUCAAUCGUCACAGUCCUAUAUUAUUUCGUUGGAAAAACCAUUUAUAAACAGACGAAAUUUCGAAAUCGUUUUACUUCAUCUCCACGGAAAAGCUUCGUUCCUGCAAAUUUACCCAAAUCAGACUCAGGCGUUGUAUCCGAUGGAAAUGAUGACGUUUUCGUCGAAAAUUCAACGAAAGAGGAAUCUGACAAUAAGAAACGAAAGGACUCUUCUGAAUCCUUCUACUCGACCGAUGAUGACCUUGAAGAUUCCAGUAUUCCAGUAGCAACUCGGGAAAACGGUCGGCGAAAAAAGAGCAUUGUUAGCCAUGUCCUUAGUGUUAAGCAAACUCUGAAGAAAUACAAGAUUUCUAUAUUAUUUAUGCUAAUUACAGUCGUGUUUGUACUGACAUUUACACCCAGGUUAGUUAUAAUGAUCCAGGAGGCGGCUAAUAAGGAGUUUUGGACUGCACUCUCCGACAAUGAAAUAAGACUCACGUUAUUUUUCUAUAGGUUUUACAUCGUCAAUAAUAUCGUCAACCCAUUUCUCUAUGCUGCCUUUGAUUCCAGAUUUACUCGUGAAAUUAAGAAACGCUUACCAUGUUAUCAAAAAGCUUCAGUAUGACAUGUAUGAUAUGCUUUAACAUUAUGUCUUUCCGAAAUGUAGUAGACAAAAGGUGAUUGGCAAGGCUGUCUGUCCAUCCGUCUGUCCAGAACCUUACUCUCAGAGUUUGGUUGGAAUGGAUUAAACUUGAGAACGCUGUUGUCCGUGAGUAAACAGUGUGUCAUUAUGCAGAGAUCCCGUGCCUUAAAGGUCAAUGAGAGCACUUUACUAAGAGACAGUGCACCGAAUGCUGGUUGAAUAACGCACUAGCUUGAACUCUUGAUUUCCUGCAUUAGAGUCGUAAAGCGAGCUCUGAGGGUACAUUCACUGUAAAAAUAAACAUUUAUUUAUCCCGAUUCAAAGGCUGAUUAUCAAAUCCUUUAAGGAAAUCGUGAGCAUUUAUUCAACGCAACAGGGAUGAUGAACAUCAGAUUUUGCUCAUGAAUUUCUCUCACGUUAAGAAGAACAUUUUAAUAUUACCAUAUAAGUAGAAUUUUUAGCGAGGAUUUAAUUUUGGCACUAUAAGCGAGGGUGCGAAGAUCGCUAAAAUUGAACAUCGCUAAAAAUAAAUUGCGCUUUAUUUGUAAUAGCUUCUUAAGUAAACUUUUUAAAAUCGCUAAAAUUACAUGUCGCUAAAAAUAAAAUACCAAUUUUAAGGACAACUCGUUAAAUUUGCGUCUUGCUAAAAUUUCCACUUAUACGGGUUUGUUAUAAAGUGUAAAAUGAACACUUUGU